CAGCCUGCUGAAUUAGUUCUCCUGUUGUAGACAGAAAUUCCUCAGCACACCUCCCUACCCUAGCACGCAAGAAAAGAAGCUCCGGCCAGGCACGCAGGCAUUUAUUUCUCCGCUGCUCCUCCGGUUCACCUUGCGAAGUGUGUGUUUACGCGUGUGAACGGAAGUACCUGGCGUGCCCAUUGUUUUGAGUGAAUUUCGGCCCCGCAUCCCAGGGUUCGUCUUCAUUACUUCGCCUGAGAAAUGAAGGAGAAGGAAAAAGAUAACCUGACUCGAUUGUGAAAUACUCCGUAAGCGUCUGAUGGACCUAGAGGAAUGGACCUGAGUGCAUUCCUCACACCUGACUCAGCCCGUUGACCUGAUCUGAAGGCUGAGCGACCUCGACCCUUGCGGCGCCUCCGUCAUCUGCCCGGGCACAAAGUGGAGCAAUUAGUCGGCGGCGAAAUGUGAUGAGAGACAAGAGCCAGAGGUUGUUUUUAUCCCGCGCACCAUGCUAGCAGUAAAAAAUUGAACGCCAUGGGGUGCUGUUCGAAAACGCGAUUCCUCCAAACAGUGCUCGUCCUGCAGAUUGUGACGACAGCUCUGCGCCAGGUGUUUGACUUCCUUGGUUUUAUGUGGGUUCCCAUCCUGACCAACUUUUUCAACAUCGUUUUCUGCAUAUUAGGCUAUUUUGGCGCGCACGAGUACCGCUAUCGCUACGUCCUCUCGUACUGCACGUGGACCGUCCUGUGGGUGGCCUGGAACCUAUUUGUGAUUUGCUUUUAUUUCGAAAUUGGUAUCCUUGAGAAGAAUGGGGAUGCGCUGAAUAUGGGCCUUGGCAGCUACAGCUGGUGGGAAGUGAACGGGCCUGGGUGCAGGCCCACCUUUCCUGUCAACAUGACAGAGGAGGAGUUAAUAGACAGCGAGCCUCUAAAGCCACUAAAGGUGACGGGCUGCUAUGUGGCCUACGAAAUCGUUGAAGCCUCUCAAGCUGCCGUCCAAGCUUUCCUGGGCCUCAUCGGUGAAGUGAUUGCCAUCUUUGCAAUACGCUCCAUGCUGGAUGAAGAUGACAGCUCUCAACUGGUGGGUAAGAAGAGCCGUCCGUCGUCCAUCUACUCAAUCGAGUACAGUCAGGAGAACGCUCGCAGCGCCACGCCGGACCGGGUGUCGUCUACGAGCCGAGCUAACGCCGUCGCGCACCACAACCGCGGUGCCGCACUCGACGAUGACGACGAUGAUGUGGAUGAGGCCGGCGGCGGAGGGCCGCACGCCAAGCCAAUGACGCCGCGGCGGGUGAAGCGGCGCAGUGGCUCGCGAAACUCGACACGCUCGCGGCACGGCGGCAGCGGCCAGCAGCACUCGAAUCCGGUGAACCGGCUGCUGGAGCAGCAGGAGCGGCGGCUCGCCGGUCACUCGAACCCCACGUACCAAAGUUCCUCGCAGCACUCGCUCGACAGGCCGCCGUCGAGCUUCUCCAACUACCACGGCCAGCGCAGUUUUGGCGCCGCGGCCGCCUCCGCCGCGGCCGUUUCGCACAAUCCGGGUCCCUCAACGUCCGCUGGCGGCUACAGGAACAGCUAUCGCCGCCACCAACACCACCAGCACCAGGCGCCGCCGCCCUACAACGGACAUGUGCGUCCCCACUCGUCCUACACCAACUCGGAGACUGUGUUGUAGCCCUCAAAUCUCUGAGACCCGGCUCGGCUAGUCGGUGAAUUGGGUCUCGCUGACUGACCGCCAAAAGUGACAAAGAUAGGAUUUUUAGGUGCACAACGUUUGUGUUCACGUCCUUUCUAGGCUCGAGAUUUUAAUACUUACCUGAUUGCUUCAAAGUCUUUUGUCCAAGUCGUCUAAAGCGAAACCAUUUUAUACUGUACCAGUGAUUCAACAAAUAACAUUUUUCAAUCGUUUUUUGCUAUACUGCGUCACUGAUUUGGUGUUUUUUUUUUUUUAAACUUGAAUCUUGUAAAAAGUCAUUUAGAUCAGUGAAAAGCUUGUGAAAAUUAAAACUCUUAUUGUUUGAGUUAUUUAGAAAUGCAACAGAUCAGUUCACAUAAGAUUAUAUUGAUUCAAGAUUUUCACAAAUGUAAAAUAUCUAGUCCUCUGAGUCCAUAUUUUGGUGCCAUUCAUAAGGUAAGUAUGUUUCCUUCCCUUUUUGAGCAGGUUUUGGUGAUCAGAAGUUGCAGUGAAAAACUCGCCGCUUAUUGGCCCAAUUUUAUUGAUUUAGAGUAAAGAUAUUUUACCAUAUGUGAAUUCAAUAUAUAAAAUUUGCCCGGCUUUGAGACCUGCUCGGAAGAAAAAUUUUGGCAGCAAUCAGAAAAUCACAAUGCUACAGGAGCUCUAUAUAAUAUAUAUCGCAUUGUUGACUUUUAUUGAUUUUAUCAAAGGCUUGGCAGUUAUGACUGCACACUUUUGUCUUCCUUUUUUUAUUCCUGGCGGUGUCGAACCGCACUGGAAUGUGCCAAAAUCGUGUUGAGUUUUACGAGUAUCAAAUCCAUGCUUGGGCCUAGGGAGUCAUGAACGUCCUUAUUGUAAAUUAACAACGUUAGCGCUUCUUGAGCUCAAUUUUGAAUUAUUGCGUAUUUGUUGGAAAACUUGUCUAAAUUCACUGCCAAUUCUGAACAAGUGUGAGGCUCUUUGGUUCAAUUGAAUUACGAUCGAAACAAUAAGGCUGAACUCGAACUCUCUACGAGGGUUAAUGAAAACAAUGAUUAUUUAUCGACAAUUUUGAUUCUAAAACGUCCGUAUUGUUUUUUCAUGCGCUGAAUUUAACCUUUUAAAUAUCUUUUAACGAAUCUCACUUUUAAGUAAUUUAUACUAUAAUACAUGAUGAAUCAAUUUUAGUCGCUCUUUGUGGAUCUCUAUUUACUUUUAAUUCGCAACAUAAUAAUGUAUGUACAUACUUACAACCAUCACAUUGUGUACAGUGAUACUACGAAUGCAGCAAUUUCGGCAGUUACUACUUAUUAAGGAAUGAAUCUGUCCGCAGUAGAAUAAUCUCGUCGUCGUUGCCUUGGUGCUGACGAAAGUGCUUAAAUUAACUUGUUCUUUUAAUUUACAUCUCUCAUCUCAGGCUCAAUACGUUGGAUUGUAAGGAAAAAAUGCACCAAAACUUUGUUGAACAUUUUGAGGGAAAAUCUGAUCAAUUGCUAAGUGGGCCUUAAAGUUUUAAAUUUCAAGUUGAUAAUCGAAUGAGAAAAAUUGUUGUGUACCUAGUAAUUUAUUAAAAACACGAUUUUAGAAGUGCGUGGUGCAAUAGGUUUUACAGGAAACGUUUCUCAAAUGAACAACGAUUGCAAAUUACGGAGUAUUAUAUCUACCAAAGCUCAUUUACAUUAACAUCGAAUUCAAAAUAAAUUACGACUGUAAAUCCAAUUGAUUAUUGAAUAAAGUUAACGCAGUUACAAAGUAUUAUAAUAUUGCUUAGUUAAUAACAAACUCUGGCACUUUGUAAGAUUGGAAAAUUUGACUUGUAUAUUAAAUGCUGUCUUUCAAAACAAUAAAGUAUUCAUCUGAAAAAUAAA